GAAAAAGUUAGAUUUAUAGGACAGAAACAUUUUAUUAAAAUAAUCGUAAUCAUGCAGAAGUUACUCAAGGACGUCGACGAAGCACUUGUAUUAUCAAGCAUGACUUACUCGACAACGUUGACAAAAGCCAUGGCAAUGGGCCCACCCAACCAAUAAUUCCCCUGCUUACCAUUUCCAAUAUUUGGAAUUAUAUGAUGGACAGUAACAGUGGCAUUUUGCAAUUGAGGGCUUACAAUUUCUAAUAUUAGUGAAUUCUCGUCCACUUUACUUCCCAACUACUCGUGUUGUCUGACAAACCCUCGCCGUUGAAUUCCCACGCUCCUCUUCAUCGCCAAUCAUCUUCCUCUUCGCGGCCGCCCUAUAUAACUCAGCUCGGGAAGCACUUCAAUCGAUCUUUUACUACAGCACAGCACAGCACAGCACAGCGUCGGAAAUUAGAGCUGAUAUAUCCAUUCCCCUGCUUCUUGACAGCUAGCCAGCUAGCUGCAUCCAUGGAGACCAAUACCUGCGCUGCUGCUCUGCUCGCCGAGCUCAGCCAAGCCAAGGAGCUGCUCAAGGAGCUGGAGUUAAAUCUGCAUUGCCUUGACCUCUGCAAGGCUCUAACUCCCAGGAUCGCUUCCUCCAUCCACAACUCAUUUCUCAUGGCCGAAUCCUUCAGCACUAAAGCCGGCCACGAUCAGUCUCUGUUCUCCUCGCUCGCCCUGCGACCUCGCACCUUGACGCCCAGGAGAAGGUACGUUCGUACUUCGCAUGCACGCAGUACUGCCCGCAUGGUCAUGGAAGUACGUAUAAUUUGCAGGAAAUCUCUGUGCUCGUGGAGGCGCCAAGUGAGGGUGAGCUCGGUGGCCGGCGGAGUGGAAGGUCCGGGGGAGGACGACGGCUUCAUCUGGAGGAAGUACGGCCAGAAAGAGAUCCUCGGAGCCAAAUAUCCAAGGGCCUAUUUCCGGUGCGCUCAUCGGGACUCGCACAGUUGCCCGGCAAAGAAGCAGGUGCAGAGAUCGGACAACGACCCGUCGGUCUACGACCUCACCUACCACGACAAUCACACUUGCCUCCAGCAUCCGGGGGAGGAGGAGGAGCAGGGAGGUGCAAAUGCAAUGCAGCGCGACCAAGAACAGAGUACUGCGGCGGCGCAAAAACUUGAAGGAGAGGAGGAAUUUGUGGGGAAGAUUGCGCCUUCCUUUGCGCCCCUGGAGGAGGAGCAGUUUUUCAUUCCUUCGCCGUACCAGUUCGGGGGCUUUGAUGAAGCAGAGGGCAGUUUGCUUCCGAUGGAGUUCGACGGAGACUGGGAGAUCGGCCUUGACAGCAUCUAGGCGGGAGUUGAA